AGGCCUAAAUGUCUUUUAAGCAUACCUUUCUCGGCCUUUUGGCUAAGAUCAAGUGUAGUAUCUGUUCUUAUUAGUUUAAUAUCUGAUAUGUGGGCCAUUGGCCCACACGAUAUUAACUCUAUUUUUCUAAGGGGAAGGCCCAUCUAGGCAGCUUGUUGUCUUCGGCUUUUGCGCGUUGCCUUUGCGUUGCACUACUGCAUCGGCCUGGCGCACCCUACCAAAAUUGGAGCCGUUAGUAAAACCCUAAUUUUUUGUGAAUUCGAGUGGAAUGGGGCACAAGCGGAGGGAGAGAGAUGGCGGCGACGACGGAGAGGAUCCGAAGGAGUCUUUCCGGCCUUCAAUGAUCAAGAACAAGGAGAAGAGAUCCGCCAUCCACGCCAAGCUCAAACGCGAGAAGAAGGCAGAGAAGCGCAAGAAGUCCAAAGCUCGCGAAGAUGCUGAAAAACGGGCUCUGGAGCUCGGCGAAGAUCCUCCGCCAAAGCAGAUCCCCCGGACGAUAGAGAACACCAGGGAGGCUGAUGAGACUGUGUGCAAACCCGACGAUGAAGAGCUCUUCGCGAGCAACGAUGUGGAUGAAUUCAGCGGGGUCAUCAAGAAAGACCUAAACCCUAAGGUUCUGAUCACGACCUCCCGAUUCAAAUCCAUAAGAGGACCUGCGUUCAUCUCUGAGUUGCUCUCUAUCAUUCCCAACGCUCACUAUUACAAGCGAGGGACCUACGAUCUGAAGAAGAUUGUGGAAUAUGGGAAAGCCAGAGAGUUCACAUCCAUCGUUGUGGUACACACCAAUCGCUGGGAACCUGAUGGUCUGCUCAUUAUUGGGUUACCGGAUGGACCCACUGCUCAUUUCAAGCUCACCAGGCUUGUCCUCCGGAAGGACAUCAAGAAUCAUGGGAAUCCUACCGGUCAUGUACCCGAGCUAGUUUUGAACAACUUCACCACUCGAUUGGGGCACCGGAUUGGGAGGAUGAUACAAUCUCUCUUUCCACAGGAUCCCAAUUUUCGGGGCCGUAGGGUUGUGACAUUUCACAACCAGCGCGACUUCAUUUUCUUCCGCCAUCACCGGUACAUAUUUGAGGCAAAGAAAGUGAAGCCGGCCUCACAAGAGGGGAAAAAGGGCAAAGAAGGAGAAGAUGGUGAGGCGACGCCCCAGCUGAAAGAAAGAGUUGUGGCGCGUCUUCAGGAAUGUGGUCCUCGUUUUACAUUGAAAUUGCGCAGCCUGCAGCAUGGCACCUUUGACACAAAGAGUGGGGAAUAUGAAUGGGUUCAUAAGCCAGAGAUGGAUACCAGUCGUAGAAGAUUUUUCCUGUGACCAUUGAGAGGGUAUGAACCAUGCUUUUGAAUUUGUUCUUAUUUCCUGCGCUCCGUGCUUGUUUUUGGGUAAAAUUGAGCUGUAAUGGUUUCCUUGUUCAAACAAAAUUCGAGUCAUUUGAGCUAAAGGGGGGGUACUGUGUUUUCUUAUUGCUGGUAAGCAUAAAGUAAUUUGCUUAGUUUUUGUUUGGAAAAUCUAGUGACUUCCCUAUCAAACUUUGAAUUGGUUUUCUUUCUUUUUGCUGGUUCUGCAAUACUGAUUCUCAUAUUCAAUUAGAAUGAGUUGAGGUUGUAUUAGUUGUCGAUUCCUACACAAUGGAAUUUGAUUCUUAGAGGUUAUCAACUACAUGAUUCUCCCUAAUUCUUAAAUAGCUGAAAUUGGGGGAGGGAUUCCUUGAAAUCUCAUCUUCUCUUAACACAUUGCUAAAUUCAUUUAUAAAUGUAUGUAAUGUGUCCAUCCAAUAGUUUUUAUCAGUAUCUUUUGGGUAACAAUGCAAAUAACUUGUAACUAUUGUGUUUACAUACACUUAAGGAGCAUCUGAUUUCAAGAGAUUCAUGUCCAGAAACUGUUCCUGUUUGGGGUUGGUCUGAGAUUCAUUGACGUGCGAAGAAGACAAAGAUUGGCCAAGCUCUUUCCCGCAGUUCCAAUGGAACCUCAGUGCAAAACUUCUCUCCCUUAGCAUGUCCAACAUACUUUCUCCUUCCCAAAGAGAUUGUUUAUUUGUAGGUUUUCAUUGAUUAUUUUAUAAAAUAAAUUAUUCUUGCCAUU